AUGCUGGCGCAGAUAAUUACUAUCAGUUUUCCGUCUUCCAACUUGUCUCUCGGAGGUUUUCCAAAAGUCCCAAUAGAUGCUGAGAGUGAUCUUGAGCGUGGUGGACUAUGGCCUGAUCCCCCUCGUAUUAAAAGGAGACCUGUGCUCAGCAGUGAUGGGAAUACGUUUGACUUUAUAGUCGUUGGUGCGGGGUCUGCUGGUGCCACAGUCGCCGCGAGGCUGAGUGAAGUGUAUCACUGGAAGGUUCUUCUCUUAGAUGCAGGUGGCGAUCCUCCACCUUCAAGUACGGUGCCGAGUAUGUUCGCGUUUAUUGCACACACGGAAUACGAUUGGGACUAUCUAGCAGAACUCGACAAAGGAAUUGGACAGUCACAUCCUGGAGGCAUGUUAUACAUGUCACGAGGGAAAAUGUUAGGAGGGUCAUCGUCAUCUAACUACGAAAUUUACGCAAGAGGCAUCCCAGAAGACUAUGACGAAUGGAAUACUAUAGCUCCUGGGUGGGAUUGGAAAACAGUCCUUCAUUAUUUUAAGAAACUUGAGCGUAUGACAGAUACUGUUGUUCUAGAAAAUCCAUCUAAUGCUUACUUACAUUCUACAUCCGGCCCAGUUGCUAUAUCAAGACCAAAUAUGAAUGCUUAUUUUAAUAAAGUUAAUGACAUAGUUUUAAAUUCUUAUGAAGAAAUGGGCAUAAAAAGACUCGUAGAAAUCUAUGGACCAGAAACUCUGGGUGCUUCAACCCCACACUUUACAUUUUCUGACGGACGGAGAUCAAGCACAGCUGAGGCAUAUCUAAAACCUGCAAAGGAUCGCACUAAUUUGUUUAUUACAAAAUUCGCGAGCGUCACCAACUUAUUAAUUGAUCCACUCAGUAAGCAAGCAUAUGGUGUUAGAGUUUUACUUAAAUCGGGUGAAUUAAUUAAUGUGUACGCUGAUAAGGAAGUAAUUGUAUCUGCUGGUAGUAUUGAGACACCAAAACUCUUGAUGCUAUCCGGCAUAGGCCCGCACGAAAUGUUGAGACGAUAUCAUAUAAAUGUUGUAGCCGAUCUUCCUGUUGGCAAAAAUUUGCAAGACCAUACCCUUGUUCCUUUAUAUUUUAUGGGACAAAAAGGUUUUCAGACAUUUUUUCAAAAUUUAUUGAUCCCUACAGAAUUAGACUCAUAUCCUAUUCCGAUACAAUGUGGUUUAAUAAGAGUGAAUACAUCUUGUAAUGAUUGUAAUGGUUUGAAACCAAACAUUCUAAUUUUCAAUGUUCAUGUAGGAGCUGCCAUAGCUCCUGGUUUUUAUUAUGCCUGUCAAAGCAUAGCCAACUACGACAGAGAAUAUUGCUUUUCAUUAGGUAAAGCUAAUAGAUUUCAUGAAGUUGACAUUACAACGAUCAGUCUUUUGAAUCCUUUAUCAAGAGGCCAGGUAAAACUGAGAAGUAGUAAUCCUUUUGAUGAUCCAAUUAUUGAGAUAGGAUAUUUUAGGAAUGAACACGAUGUGACAACGUUGACUGAAGGGAUAAAAUUUAUGUUAAAUUUUGUCAACACGUCGUAUUAUAAAAAUGUUGGUGGGAAAGUAGCAAAGUUAGAUGUUAAAGGUUGUUAUGGUGUACCUUAUGCUUCAGACGAAUAUUGGCGAUGUUAUGUGAAGAAUACAGUGACGACAUUUUUACAUCCAGUAGGUUCAUGUGCCAUGGGAUCAGAUGGGGUCGUUGAUGAGAGGUUACGUGUACACAGUAUUAAAGGUUUGCGAAUAGUCGAUGCAUCGAUUAUGCCCAGGAUCCCGAGUGGGAACACAAAUAUACCCACUAUUAUGAUUGGUGAAAAGGCGGCUGACAUGAUAAAAGAGGAUUAUAGUUUUAAUUAUAGG